CAGCUUCCAUAAGGAUAACAUUCAGCUUAACCUUUGGCGAGAAGCAUGAACGAGUCGAUCCUCUUAUUCAUCCAACUUUUGCACGUUUAAUUUUGAUGAUGCCUUGGUUAGAUUUGGUCACACCACAGCACCUCGUGAUACGUCCUGUCAUCUCUGUGGCAUGUGCUGUAUGUUUUUCCCUAUGCCCCUUGGCUGCUUUGGGAGGAGACAACAAAUUAGGUCUCCGUAAUUUUUUUUUUCUGGAUGAUCUGAAUGAGGAGGCGGUAGAGCGUUUCUGGUUGAGUUUUUAGCGAGAGUUUAGUUGUCAGGAGUUUUUGUCCCUCCCCCCUUCUCCUUUCUGUUUCCAGGAGAUUUUCAGCUUGUGAUGAAACAAAGCAUCCAGCCCAGGUCGUUCAUAUCUGAUUGAAAUUAAACAAACAACCAAAAGAAUUUGACAUCGAUAUUAGAAGAGCACUACGACAACAUACAUAUUUGCAAAUUUUCUCGAUUAUUCCCGAAACUGUCGAGGCCAAAGCAACGAGGCGAAGUUAUUGGUUUGUGGUUUAAUUAUAAAAAAAAUAAUCCGAUGGAUUAUGAAGGAUCCCAAGGAGCUGGGUAGAGUCAGGUUUGCUGAGGAGAGUCGCUGCUUUGUACUGAGUGGGAGCGGCGGGUGCCGCGCGGACAGUGGCGGUUGCCAGGGCAGCGCCGGCUUGGCGUUCGCAUUCCAGAAUCGGAGAGAAGCUCCUGGUUGCGGUGACGUCUCUGCGGUUGCUCGAGCUACUUGAGGCCGCUCUCGGGCCUGCGGGUGGUGAGCGGGCGAGUACAGACGUUUUCAGGCGUCCCUCCUCCGAGGAUUUUUCUUUUUUUAUUAUUAUUAUUAACUCGAGCAGCGCUGCCGCAGAGGGAGGCCAGAGUUGAGCCGAGGCCCUCUUAUUUUACAGGCCCGCACCCGGGUGGGAGUCGGGACCAUGGCGUCUUACGUGGAUAACAACUUCAGACAGGCGGUCAUGAAGAACCCGGCCGAAAGGACGCAACAGGAUUUGGAAAUUGUUUAUUCUUAUCUUCAUGGAAUGGAAGCCUUGUCCAACUUGAGGGAACACCAGUUGAGAUUAAUGUGUGAAACUGUCAGAUAUGAACGACAUGAAGCAAAUGAAGUUCUAUACUACCCUGAUGAUAUUGGCACAUGUUGGUACAUUCUCUUGUCUGGUUCUGUAUUCAUCAAAGAGUCCAUGUUUCUUCCUAGAAGCAGUUUUGGCAAGCGCUCAGCAGGAAGUUUGAGACGUGGCUGUGAAUGUAUUGUACUAGAACCUUCAGAAAUGAUUGUGGUGGACUACAUGGAUGAAAAUGAGGAAUAUUUUCAGCGACAAGCUUCUCAUAGACAGUCUCGCAGGCGAUUCAAAAAGAUUAACCAGAAAGGGGAACGACAAACAAUCAUUGAUACAGUGGAUCCUUAUCCAGUGGGAAAGCCACCAUUACCAAGAGGAUAUCACACACUUCCCGCAGAUUUCACCAAGUUACAUCUCACCGAUAACCUCCAUCCACAGGUGACACACGUCUCCUCCAGCCACUCAGGAUGUAGCAUCACCAGUGACUCUGGCAGCAGCAGCUUAUCUGACCUUUACCAGGCUACUGAGAGUGAAGCUGGAGAUAUGGACCUAAGUGGCCUGCCUGAAACUGCAGUAGACUCUGAAGAUGAUGAUGACGAGGAGGACAUUGAGAGAGCAUCAGACCCACUGAUGAGCAGGGACAUUGUGAGAGACUGCCUGGAGAAAGAUCCCAUAGAUAGAACAGAUGAUGAUAUUGAACAAUUGUUGGAAUUCAUGCAUCAACUGCCAGCUUUUGCGAACAUGACCAUGUCAGUCAGAAGAGAACUAUGUGCUGUGAUGGUAUUUGCUGUAGUGGAGCGGGCAGGCACGAUAGUUCUCAAUGAUGGUGAAGAGCUUGACUCUUGGUCAGUCAUUUUAAAUGGUUCUGUAGAAGUCACAUAUUCAGAUGGAAGGCUGGAAAUCCUAUGCAUGGGCAAUAGCUUUGGUGUGUCUCCUACUCUGGAGAAGGAAUACAUGAAGGGAGUGAUGAAAACAAAGGCUGAUGACUGCCAGUUUGUGUGCAUAGCCCAGCAAGACUAUUGUCGAAUCCUCAACCAGGUGGAAAAGAAUAUGCAGAAAGUUGAGGAGGAGGGGGAGAUUGUUAUGGUAAAAGAACAUCGAGAGUUAGAUCGCACUGGAACCAGGAAAGGGCAUAUUGUCAUAAAGGGAACGGCUGAACGGUUAACAAUGCAUCUAGUGGAAGAGCAUUCAGUGGUGGAUCCCACAUACAUAGAAGAUUUUUUAUUAACAUACAGGACCUUCUUAUCAAGCCCAAUGGAAGUUGGGAAGAAAUUGCUGGAGUGGUUUAAUGACCCAAGUCUCAGGGACAAGGUUACACGGGUAGUAUUACUGUGGGUGAACAAUCACUUCAAUGAUUUUGAAGGGAAUUCUGCAAUGACCAUAUUUCUAGAAGAAUUUGAAAACAAUUUGGAGCGAGAGAAAAUGGGCGGUCACCUUCGAUUGUUGAACAUUGCUUGCGCAGCUAAGGCCAAGCGGCGACUAGUAACUCUAAUGAAGCCAUCACGGGAAGCUCCUUUGCCAUUUAUCCUUUUGGGAGGCACUGAAAAAGGUUUUGGGAUUUUCAUAGACAGCGUAGAACCUAGUAGUAAAGCUACUGAAACGGGGUUGAAACGUGGUGAUCAGAUAAUGGAAGUCAAUGGACAAAACUUUGAGAAUAUUCAGCUGCCUAAAGCUUUGGAAAUUCUUAGGAACAAUACUCAUUUGUCUAUCACUGUGAAAACAAAUUUGUUUGUAUUUAAAGAACUUCUGUCGAGGCUCGCAGAAGAAAAGAGAAAUGGUGCUCCACACUUACCAAAAAUUGGUGACAAGAAAGGAAGCCGUUACUCCAUUCCUGACCUGGCAGUAGAUGUUGAACAAGUGAUUGGAUUAGAUAAAGCAAGUAAGAAAGCAAAGGCAAACACAGUGACUGGACGAAAUAAACUGAAGAAAAUAUUGGGCAAAACUAGAAUCAGCAUUCUUCCACAAAAACCUUACAAUGAUAUUGGUAUUGGUCAGUCCCAAGAUGACAGUAUAGUCGGGUUGAAGCAAUCCAGAUAUAUUGCACCUGCAUUGCCUGUAAGUGGCACCUUAUCGUCCAGUAAUCCUGACCUGUUGCAGUCUCAUCAUCGCAUUCUUGAUUUUAACACUACACCAGAGCUACCAGAUCAAGUUUUAAGAGUUUUCAAAGCCGACCAACAAAGUCGCUACAUAAUGAUCAGCAGAGAUACCACUGCUAAAGAAGUGGUCAUUCAGGCACUUCGUGAAUUUACCGUAACUGCUGCUCCUGAAUCGUAUUCGCUGUGUGAAGUCUCUGUCACUCCUGAAGGUGUAAUCAAACAAAGACGGCUUCCAGAUCAAUUAUCAAAGCUUGCUGACCGAAUUCAGCUCAGUGGAAGGUACUAUCUGAAGAAUAAUAUGGAAACAGAGACACUGUGCUCAGAUGAAGAUGCUCAGGAAUUGCUUCGGGAGAGUCAUAUCACAUUGUUACAAUUGAGCACGAUUGAAGUUGCCACCCAGCUCUCCAUGAGGAACUUUGAAUUAUUUCGUAAUAUUGAGCCCACAGAGUAUAUAGAUGACUUAUUCAAACUUAAGUCAAAAACUGAAUGUGCCAAUCUGAAGAAAUUUGAGAACAUAAUCAAUCAGGAAACAUUUUGGGUUGCCACAGAAAUCCUUAAGGAGUCAAACCAAUUGAAAAGAAUGAAGAUAAUUAAACACUUUAUCAAGAUGGCACUGCACUGUCGAGAAUGCAAGAACUUCAACUCCAUGUUUGCAAUUAUCAGUGGUUUAUAUCUUGCACCAGUCGCAAGACUACGGAAUACUUGGGAAAAACUUCCCAGUAAAUAUGAGAAGUUAUUUCAGGACCUUCAGGACCUCUUAGAUCCUUCCAGAAAUAUGGCUAAAUACAGGAAUGUGUUGAACAAUGAGAAUCUACAACCUCCCAUUAUUCCUCUCUUCCCAGUGAUCAAGAAAGAUCUGACAUUCUUACAUGAAGGGAACGAUUCCAAGGUGGACGGUCUUGUGAAUUUUGAAAAAUUACGAAUGAUUGCAAAAGAAAUUCGUCAUGUUGGCCGUAUGGCUUCAGUUAAUAUGGAUCCUGCUGUUAUGUUCAGGACAAGGAAGAAGAAAUGGAGAAGUCUGGGGUCGCUUAGCCAGGGCAGCACAAAUGCUGCUGUGCUAGAUGUGGUGCAAUCAGGGGGACACAAAAAACGGGUACGGCGCAGCUCAUUUCUCAAUGCCAAGAAACUCUAUGAAGAUGCACAAAUGGCUCGAAAAGUAAAACAAUACCUUGCAAACCUAGAUCUGGAUAUGGAUGAAGAAAAUCUCCAGGCACUUUCACUACAGUGUGAACCAAGCACCAAUACAUUACCCAAAAACACGGGUGAAAAGAAAGUGGGAAAACUUUCAGAUACAUCUCCUGUUGCUCCAAGAUCAGGAGUGCAAAACCAGAAGCAACAACAACAAAAAGUAAAUCAGGUUCUCCAGGUUCCAGCUGUAUCGUUGUAUCCAUCACGCAAGAAAGUGCAAGUUAAAGACCUCCCUCCAUUUGGUACACAUUCUCCUCAAGCUUUGAAAAAAAUUCUGUCCUUGUCCGAAGAAGCAAAUUUGGAUCGGAAUAAAAAGCAGGCAGAAGAUACUUUAUCAAACACCUCAUCUCAGUUGUCGUCUCCUCCCACAUCUCCUCAGACUUCACCAAGGAAAGGUGGCAGUAAGCUGAGAACUCAUGGCUCCAGACAGUCGGACCUAUCAGGCUCUUCAUCCUCUCUUGGAAGUGAAAACAGUAACAAGAAUAACAAUGCACCACGGACCUGUGGGAUAGAUUUUGCUUUAGCACCAAGUGCAACAGCAGAUAAUUUUUCAGAUUCUGGUCACAGUGAAAUUUCUUCCCGCUCCAGCAUUGUCAGCAAUUCUUCCUUCGACUCAGUAUCUGCCAGCCUUCAUGAUGACCGUCGACAACGACAUUCUGUCAGUGUAAUAGAUUCAAAUUUAGGCUUGGGAGUUGAAAGAAGACUGGAAAAACGAUCAGCAGUUGACCUAGAUCAAUACUGUAUAAGUAAUUACACUCCAACAUGCACUGAGAGCAGAGGAAGUCUGUAUGCAGGAGAGGCAGUGCUGUCGUCACCGAGUAUGGAGGAGUUAACCCAGGACCAGGGAGACCGAACUUCUCUUGAUGCAGCAGACAGUGGUCGAGGAAGCUGGACUUCUUGUUCAAGCGGAUCUCACGAUAACAUCCAAACAAUUCAACACCAGAAAAGUUGGGAGACGCUCAGUAGUUUGGGAAAUCUUCAUUAUGAGAGCUCUGCUGAGGGAACAGGACUAACAACUAUGUGGGCUUUGGGUAGCCAAACGGAUCGAACCAAAUUCUCUGAACAUGGCACAAAAUUGAUCAGGCAGAACCAGCAUAGAGAUGGCAUUGAUCAUGCUCAGUCCAGAAAUAGUUGGGCAUCAACAACAGGCUAUUGGGCAGAUGAUUCUGAAGGUGACACUGGAACAAUAAAACGGAGAGGUGGAAAGGACGUAGCUGUUGACUCUGAAGGAAGCAGUCCAGCGUUAGCUACAGAUGAUCCAAAGCAGAAUGUUAGACCUUCUCACAUAGCAGUGUCUUCAUCAACAGCGAAAGGUCUCAUUGUGCGUAAAGAGGGCAGAUAUCGAGAACCGCCACCAACUCCUCCAGGGUAUGUUGGAAUUCCCAUUGCGGACUUUCAAGAAGCUCAUCGACAUCCAGGCAUGAAACCUCCAGAUUAUAAUGUAGCACUACAAAGAUCACAGUUUGUGGCAAGGCCAUGUGAUCCCCAUGGACUCUCGACUGUUCAAAGUCCAACUGCACAUACAAUCAGUCACUCACAGGUCAGGCCUCUUAGCCGGCCUCAAUGGCACAAACCAAAUGAGUCAGACCCUAGAUUAGUUCAUCUACAGUCCCAGGGUUCUCCAUCUGAGGAUGAUGAGGAUGGUACAGAAAAAAAGAAAAUUGACAAAAGUAAAAAAGAACAGGAAGUGGAAAACAGAAAGCAAAGAACAAAAAGAAGAUGAGCAAGUUUCUGCAGUCUGAUUGGAGUUCACUACCUGCUUUUUAUUUUGUUUUUGUUGCUUCAUGAUACUGCAAGCUACAUUUUGGACAGCACAACAGACCAUCCAGAUGUAGGAACCACGGAACUCUCUUGAAUUAAAUUCCUGAUGCCACUUGCCUCCUUUCCUGCCUUAAAGCAGCAUGGGGCUUUUAUCCCCGCAUGUGGAAUACUGUGAAGAAACUGUCAUGGCACUUUGGAACUGUGUCGCUUUAAAUGCACAGAGAUCACUCUACAGAUUGUUCCUGUUACUACCCCAAUGAAUUGUGCACAAGAGUAUGAGUUUUAUGUUCACUAUGGAGAUACUCUUGGUACUUUCUUUUCAUCAGCCUAGAACUUUUAAAAUUCUUUUGCUGGAUUUUUUAGCCAUUCUAGCGCACAGUCAUUUUUAAAGAAAAAGUGACAUUUUUAACAAGAAACAAAUCAUAGCAAUGUUUUUUGUAUUUCAGCUAAUUUUUGAAGAUGUUAUAUUCUCUUUUGGGCACAGAGCGCCAGAUAAUUUUUAAUUUAUGUUGACAUUUUUGAUUAAAUACUCCUUUAGAAAAGAACAAAUACUACAACUCUGCAAGUACAGUAUUAUUUACACUUAUAACUAAUAUAUUUUGGUUGUAGGGUUUAUGAGAGAGUAUUUUAAGUAACUGAAGUGCAGUGGAUGGCGUUCUGUAUACCAUAAUUAUGCCGGCUAGUUCUUCCCUUUGUUAGAAAUUAUAAUGCCCUCAUACUUGAUGAUAGGGCCACCAAGGCUUCUUUGUUUUUUUUAGAAAAGGCUCGAUUUAUUUUUUAAAUACUUCAGUGCGUGUUCCAGCCUUUGUCACCUGCAAUAUGUACACGGAUGUUAAGCUAUUUCAUGCUACGUGGAAUAUUGCUGCAUGUCUAUAAUGAAGGCUGACACUUCAAAGCAAACCACUCUCUGCUGCUACUUAAACCUUCAGAAUACUGAACUGACAACAGCAUUUUUGUUGUCUUUCUGCAGGCAUCCAAUAAUGAAGGCUGCCAACCUGAGUAGUACUCGAAUGUGAGAAAUAGCUACUCUUAAUUUUUGUUUUCCACUGAACUCAACUGAUCAUAUUGAUCAGUAGGUAAAUCUAGUUUCAAUUGAAGACUGCAGUGUUUUCACUGUAUUUAAAACAUCAGUGCUUUAUUUAACUGUCAUAAAAUAAUCAUAGUCAGGCCCUCCAUGUUUGCAAAUAUCCCAUAUGUCAGUUAUGCAUUAGUAAUGUAAUUGUAUUAUGCAUAAUUUGCCAGUUUCAAUAAACAGUCAAUGGACAUUGUGUGCAUAUAGGCAGAUGAAAUAAAUCAUAGUUAUAUUGAAGAGUUGCACAAAUAAUAUAAACCUAACUGUAAUUGUAGAACAUAGAACUGCUAAUCUCAUUUCAACAAAUCUGUGAUGUUAAGUGCAAAAUGUAUGAUUAACUGGUGAUUUCCUCAUACUUUUGAUACUACUUGUACCUGUAUGUCUUUUAGAAAGACAAUUGGUGGAGUCUGUAUCCCUUUUGUAUUUUUAAUACAAUAAUUGUACAUAAUGGUUAUAUUUUUGUUGAAAAUGGUAGAAAUGUACUAUGUUUAUGCCUCUACAUCCAGUUUAUACAGAGCUGGGAAUAAAUAUAAUUGAGAAAUGC